GCAGCACGGGUAGUGGCUCACCGAACAGCUGUUUUUGGCGGAGGCGUUCUUCAAUUUGGAAACAAUUAAAAUACAUUUCGAAUUGCCCAAAUACCACUGCCAACAUUCCUUAGCCAUGCUGACUAUUGGCACCUUGGCCAACAUCAAGCACAUACUGCAAAAGGAGCUCUUCAAUGGCUCUGGCAGCGGCGAACGUUUGCUCUCUGUGGUGACGGUGACGAAGACUUUCAAAAAGAAAGACAAGCGGGCCUGUUAUCUUUGUGUGGUGACGACAGCGCCCCCAGUGCCAGUGGUCACUCUCUACUUGGUUAAGCAGUCCGAGCAGCGGGAGAGCGAGUACAAGCGAAAGCGUAGCUGGCAACUGGACGAGAUUAAGUGGGUCGACGGACGCAACGAACAGUUUGAGACGCACGAGUUUGAUAUCCAAUUGGAAAAGGUUUACAAAUGGUACGCCCUUAAUUUGCAUGAGCGACAAAACUUUUUGGCUGUGCUCAACCGGCAGAUACAGAAAUAUGUGCGUGGUCCACGCGCAGAGUUCCGUAAUGUGCCCAUCGCUUGGCUGUCCGAGAAGUCGCCGGAGAAGAUUGCCGCGGGGCGUGCGGGGCAAGGAAAUGUUACGCAAAAGCCACCGAAUACGGAUGAUGAGGAGGACGAGGAGGAGGCGCAGGAGUUUACAGCGUUAACAGAUAAGGAAGCCAACGAGCUGGGCAAACUUUUCUCGGAGUGUGACUUUGCUAUCAAAGAUGCGGAGCAGUUUAUAGAGCAACUGUCCAGAGAACUGCACGACUUGGAUGGCGCCAACAUGCAAAGUGUCCUGGCAUCGGAGCAAAAGGUGCUCAAGAUGAUGGAGCACAUUGAUAAUGCAAUAACCGAGGCAGAUAAGUUUGAAACACGCCUGGAUACCUACGAGGACAUUCUGGGUCAUGUGAAGGAGACCAUGGAAAAGAUUGGCGGCAAGAAUGCCAUGAUUGAAAUCGCCAACAACAAUAAUAUUAAAUUGAUGAAGGAACUCAACAAAGUUAUUAGCCAACUGGACUUGCCGCACAGCCAGCAGCAGGCACUCGAAGAUCCCGAUCUGAAGACAGCUGCCGGACGCAAAGCUGCCAUUACUGCGGCUCAAUGUCUGCAGCAGGCAAUGAAUAGCGACAUUGAUCCCUCACUGCUCCGACUGGAAGCUGUGCAGGAUCAGCGUAAACGCUUCGAGAAAUGGAAACAGAAGUUCUCAGCGACUGUUAGCCGUUUCCUCAACAAUCUCUUCAUCCAUCUGGGCAACGAGAUUGGGGACAUGCCACUGACCAGCACCGAAUUGACGCUGCCUAAUCACUCCAAUGUCCAUCGCGAACUGACGCCCUAUACGGAGCUGAUGCACUGGUCCAAGGCCAUGGAUCGCAAGACCUACGAUGGCCUGAUGCGUGUCUACACGGCAUCGCUGAGCAAGAUCUAUGAUCGCGAUGUGAGAAACUUCUUUAACCUGGCCAAAAUGCAGGUGUCUGACAAGCUGCGCAGUUCCCGCGAAGACCUGGACAUGUCCACAUCGUCACGCAAGUCUGCCGUCUCGACUAUUCCCUAUGGCACACUGGGCAUCAAUCGGGAUCAAUGGGGACCCGGCGUGGACAGCGCUGAUCGUGUGCGCUUCGAUGCGUUGCUGGAGAAAGUGUUGGCCGAGCUGGAACCCAUUGCCUUACAGGAGCAGUUAUUCUGCAUCAACUUCUUUCAAAUGGAUGUGAUAAGUCCAACAACGAAGAACACACAAACCACUCUGGAGAUGGAAAAAGAUAAGGGCAUUGAAAUGUCGCAAUCGUUUAACGCCUCAACUGUCUCGCCCACCAGCGGAACCUCAGAAGGUUCCGCCGUGCCGCAAAAGAGAAUUGAUCGACAGAUCAAUGAGGAUGUGCGGAAAUUAAUGAUGGGUCUCUUUGGCUGCCUGGAGCCGGAGCUAGUUAGCUUUAUCCAAAGCUUCGAGCGUGUGGAUAGCUUUUAUUCGCUUUAUGUGCUAGUGCGUCUAACGCAGCACGUCAUGUCCGCCCAGGACACACAUUCCUUUCUCAGCAUGACCUUUGCCUCGGCCUUGGUGCAGGUCAAGCGUAACUUUGAUCGCUUCAUGCAACAACAGCUGCAAUCGAUUAAGGAGGCAAAGCUUCCCAAGCGAUCAAAAGCCAUUCUGCCUUAUGUGGAGAACUUUGAGAAUUUCGCCCAGACAGCGGAAGGCAUAUUCCGUAAAUCGGAUCGUCGAACGGACAUGGAGAAGUGGUAUCUGCAGCUGGUCAAUGCCAUUUUUGAGGGCAUCAGUAUACACUCGCAGGAGCAUCCUAAGACGCCGUCACAGGUGGUUCGCAUGGAGAACUAUCAUCAUAUGUAUGCACUGCUGGCACAGCUCAAGGUGCCCGGCUUGGAUGCACUCAAGAAGGAGGCCAAGUCACGUUAUAAUGAUGCCCUCAAGGCAUAUGUAACGCAGUACUUUGGCAGACCGCUGGAGAAGCUCAAUCUCUUCUUUGAGGGAGUCCAGCAGAAAGUGGCGCAGGGCGUCAAAGAGACCGAGAUAAGUUACCAAAUGGCCUUCUCCAAGCAGGAGCUGCGCAAGGUAAUUAGCCAAUAUCCGGCGCGUGAGGUGAAGAAGGGUCUGGAGAACCUCUACAAGAAGGUGGACAAGCAUCUGUGCGAGGAGGAGAAUCUGCUGCAGGUCGUUUGGCAUGCCAUGCAGGAGGAGUUCAUAGCCCAGUACAAUUAUCUCGAGGAGCGCAUACAGAAAUGCUAUGCAGGCGCCAUGAUCAAUCUGGAAUUUAAUAUACAGGAUAUACUCAACUUCUUCUCAGACAUUGCGCGCUCCCAUUGAGUUCUCUCCGAACGGGCAGUUUACUUUUAAGUGCAAUAGUAUUUAGAGCGAUGUUUUUUAAGUCAAAAAUAUACGCGCACAUAUUUAAACA